AUGCAAUUGUUUCUUCUUCUUCUCCUCCUUCUUCUUUCUUCUUCUUCCUCUUCUUUCUUUCUCUUCUUCCUUCUUCUUCGUCUUCUUUCUUUCUUUUCUUCUUCUUCUUCUUUCUUUCUUUUCUUCUUCUUCUUCUUACUUCUUUCUUCUACUUCUCCCUUCCUUCAUGCUUCCCCUUUGCAUUAUAUGCUUUUCUUCUUAUGUUGCACUUUUCCUUUCCCAUCUUUAUUCUAUAUAAUCAGAUCCUUUUUCAUCCAUGUUCAUUGUUUUCAGUUUCUCGUCAUACGAGUUUUCUUCCUCUUCUUUCUACAUAAUCGAAACCUAAUUCCACUUCUUCUCCCCCCCCUCUCUUCCUUCCUUCCUUCCUUCCUUCCUUCCUUCCUUCCUUCCUUCCUUCCUUCCUUCCUCCAUCCCUUCUCAUAUGAUUUUCUUCUUACUUCUGCUGUUUUCACUUCCCAUAUUUCCUUCUUUUUUCCGCAUAAUCCGACCCCAUUUCUUCCUUCUCUGUUUCAAUUCCCCAUAUUAACAGCGUUUUUCUUCUUUCUUCCUUCCUCCUUCGCAUCAUAUAAUUCUUCUUCUCACAUAAUUAAACCCUAA